AUGGCUAACAUUGCCAUGAAGGGACUAGAUCCCUGCACAGCAGCCCCACCCCCUGGCCGGUGGCCCCCACAUGGUAGCACAGGCACAUGGUGCCAGGAAGCUCUCCUGGCCUGCACUGCUCUAGAGAGCCCCACGCUGGGCGAGGAGGCCGAGGCCAAGGCCGGGGCGCCGCCCAAAGUCUCGGGCCUGGAGCGCAGCCGCGAGUUGAGCGCCGAGCCGCCCUUCCUGCCCACGGUGCGCAGCCCCGCGCCCCCCGCCGAUCCCGCGCCAGGCGCCCCGGCCAGCCCGCCGGUCAAGAAGGAAGCCCCCGCCCUGCCCCGCCUCACCCCGCAGCCGCCGCCCGCGCCCCCACAGCCCCGCGCCCCGCUCCCGACGCACGUGCCUCUGCCCCUGGGCGCCUUCGCGGGCCAAGGCCAGGCUGCGCUCAACGGCCUGCACAGCCUCAGCAGGAGCAGCGGCGCCGGGAGCAGCGCCAGCCUCGGGCUCGCGAAGCACGCGUCCCUGUCGCCUCUCGGGCCGGGCCCCCACCUGUCUACCUCACACUUGGCGCUCCGCUCGCAGGCCCAGCACCAGCACCACGCGGCGGCCAUGUUCGCCGCCCCCCCGACACUGCCCCCGCCCCCGGCGCUGCCGGCCAACAGCCUGGUCAUCCCAGGACACCCUGCCGAUGCCAGCCUGUUGAUCUCAUUCAGCCAGCCAAUCAUGUAUUGCCAGCCUCAUUCGGGGAUUCUGAUUGGUACUUGGUCACAGGCACCUCUCUUACCUCCACCCUGGGGCCCGCACCUAGCGAGCGGCCACCACGGCUUGGCCUGCCGAAACCAGUGCCAGUUUGAUAAGUACGCACCCAAGCUGGACAGCCCCUACUUCCGACAUUCCAACUUUUUCCCGUCCUUCUCUUCUGCCAUCCCCGGACUGCCCACCCUGCUCCCACACCCAGGCCCCUUUGGGUCCCUACAGGGUGCUUUUCAGCCCAAGACUUCAAACCCAAUCGAGGUAACAGGCCGGGCCAGUGCUGUUCACACUCUCCUCCAGAAAGGCCCCGGGGUGUCCGACCCAUACCGGACCACGGUCAGGAAACCUGGGAAGUGGUGUGCCGUGCACGUGCAGAUCGCCUGGCAGAUCUACCACCAUCAGCAGAAGAUAAAGCAGAUGCAGCUGGACCCCCACAAGCUGGAGGUGGGCGCCAAGCUGGACUUGUCCAGCAGACCCCCUGCCCCGGGCGUGUUUGCCGGAUUCCACUACCCGCAGGACCUGGCCCGGCCCCUCUUCUCUGGCUCGGGUGCUGCCCAUCCCACCACCAACCCAUUUGGACCCUCAGCCCAUCCCAGCAGCUUCCUGACCACCGGUCACCUGACAGACCCUUUCAGCAGGCCAGGCACCUUCGGGGGCCUGGGGAGCCUGGGCAGCAGCGCCUUCGGAGGCCUGGGGAGCCACGCACUGACUCAGGGCAGCGGCAUCUUUGCCCCCAAGGAGAGCUCUGUGCUGCAUGGCCUGCCCAGCCCCCACGAGGCCUGGAACCGACUGCACCGGGCACCACCCUCCUUUCCCACACCACCCCCAUGGCCUAAGCCCGUGGACCCCGAUCGGGUCUCAGCCCUGACCAACCACGACCGAGAGCCGGACAAGGGCAGGGAGGAGAGGGACCUCCUGGAGAAGACGCGCCUGCUGAGCCGGGCCUCGCCCGCAGCCCCCGUGGGCCACCCAGCCAGCAGCCUCCUCCUGCGCGGCCAGAGCGAACCGUGCGGGCCCGGGGUCCCUGCUGAGCGCGAGGCCGAGCCCCGCGUCAAGGAGAGCCGCUCUCCGGCUAAGGAGGACGGCGCCAAGCUGGCCGCGCGCCCGCCAUCUCCCUACAGCAAGGCGGUUCUGGGCGACAGCCUCCGCCUGGCGGGCCUCCUGGGCCGAGAGCCGGGGAAGCCGCCCGAGGCGCCGGCCGAGCGGCCCCAGGGCGACGUCAAGGUCAAGGAGGAGCGCAGGGAAGACAGCGAUGCGCCCGAGCCCCCAGGGGCCGGCCUGCACCCAGCGCCCGAGCGUCCGCGCGCGCCCCCUGCGCCCCUGCAGCUCGGGCCCAGCCCGGCGGCCCGCGAGCGCCUGGGCUUCACGUGGGAGCCCCUGCGCGACGCCUACCGCGGCCUGGAGCUGCCCCGGCGCGCCCUGCCCGCCGCCGUCCCCGCCCCGGGCCCCGCCGCCCUCUUCGAGCCCCCCGAGCGCCCCUACCGCGACCGCGAGCCGCACGACUACAGCCCAGAGCGCCUACGGGAGGUUUUCACAGCCCAGAAGAGCAGUGUGGACCCACGAGCCAAGCUCCCAGCCAAACUCAGGCACGAGAUCCAGUUACUGUUCAGCUAUCACAAGGGUCCAGGAGAGGGUGGAUGGAGAGAGCAGCUCCGGAGAGGUCCUCCCUUGGGCCUGUCCGGCCCCCUCCCCUCCCUCAGCUCCACUGCUGCGAAUCCUGAUGCCACCUAG